AUCGACGCAGAUUUUUGUAAGCCGCGUAAAAUACAGUCCAUCCCGGUUAUGUGGCACAAUCAAAGAUACAGAUUUUUGUGGUUUGUCAAAAAUAAAAAUAUAAUAUGGUACAUAAGCGACUGCGGAUACUUAACCGAGUCGUACAUACUUAAAACAAUAGUUUGAAUGUAUUUCAAAAAACAAACCGUGAGAUGCAGCAAGAUAUAGGCAGUUAAGAGGGAUGACUUUCAUUUAAGCGGAGUACUACUUAACCGGGAUUGACUGUACACAUGAAUAAGAGGAAUAUUGAACAUUUUCACAUGUACAUAUUAAAAGACCAAGCGGUCGCGCAUAUUCACGUACAUACAUAUGUAAUUAUGUGUGCAUGUAAACAAAUUUGCAAGAACCAGAGAACUUAAAAGUGUAGAAAGAGAACAUAAAAUUUGUUAACAUUGUAUGUAAGGUCGGAAUUCGCCUCGCAAUUUUAACAUUGUUUACAAUUCUCUCACAUAUUCUAACCGAGAAUAUGAAGAGACAGAAAUAUAUGUAUUUACGGCAUAUGAUGACAAGGCAUAUAUGGCCGAUGAAGAGAAUAUGAAGAGACUCCCAACGAAGAAUUUCGUUUUGCUUGUUUAUAUUUUGUUUCAUUUUGACACCGAAAAUGUGUACAAAAUACAUUAUGUCUCUGUCUCACAUACGCAAGAAUAUGAAGAGACAUAAAUAUAUGUAUGCAUGAAUAUGAAUAUGAAGACAUAAACACAUGCAAGCAUGCUCCUUAUGCAAGUUCAUACAUAUGAAUACAUAUUUACGCACGUUGGAAGGCGAAGCUGUUACAGCGGCAAGGGAAGCGGUAACAAUCGGCGAUCGUUUGUUAGUUUCUUUCGCGUCUCGUCGCGUCAAUGCUUCGACAGAUUGAUGUGCUGAACACAUAGAACGCGACAGACUGCAAGCGCCAUCUGAAUCUGAAUCUGACAGAUGUCGCUUGCAGCCUGUCCCGCUCUAUGUGUUCCUCUGAUGUACCCAAUAAUGAAAAUAACGAAUGAAACAAUGCAAAAAAAUAAAAGAUCUGUGCAAAAAUAUUAAUUUACUAAUGAAAACAUAAAAUAAAUUUAAAUAUUUGUAGGAAAUAAAUAUAUGUAUAUGUGCAUACAUGUAUAUAUUGCACACACACAUUCAUAUAUAUACAUAUAGAUAGAUAGAAAGAAGUUUUACUUCAGUCGUGCGGUCAUAAGCACACUCUCUUUUUUUGUAUUGUACUCAACUUGAGUUGGUAUGGUUGUAACUAGUUCGGUAACUAGUUCACUUUGUGUUUCACUGUGGAGCGUUUUGUUCCUCUUUCAGUGCUCCAGCUGGCUACCUCUUUCUGCUGUUGGUUUGUGUUGUGUAUGUAUAUUUGUUUUAAUGUUCGCGCCCGUUUGUUUCGUUUUAUUGGUGCUUUAGUUUUUCGCGCCCGAUUUAUGUUUUGUGCUUAGGUUUCGCGCGUUUUUGUUUGUUGAAAUUGUUUUGUUUAUUUUGGGAGUUUCGCGCUCGGUUUAUGUGUUUUUUCUUUGUAAAGUUUUGUAUUAUUUGGUUUUUUUAGGUUUAUGCCUUUGUCACUGCAGCUUUGGUUUUUGUUUUUUCGUUCCACUGCACUUUUUUAUUUUACAUCUUUUUUUUUGUGUAUACUGUACGAGUAUAUCUACCGGAGUUUUUCACUUUCUUCCACUUUUUUGAGCACACUGCGCUCUUUUCACUUUAUUGCUGUUUUUGUUUGUUAUAUAUAUACAGUGAAACCUCUACUUGCGGACACCUCCAAUAAGCGGACCGCUCUCUUAACCGGACAAAAAAUUCAGGAACCAAGUUUUACUUUGCGUUUUCAGAACAAAUUCCACUCUAACAACCGGACCCUCUCGUGGCCGGAUGCGGACACUUUUUUUACUACUUUUUAUUUUCAUUACCUCUCGAAAGCGGACGCGGACCUCUCGACAAGGGACAAGAAACUUGGAUUACUGAACGAAAGUGUAAAGAAAACAGUAAAAACCUCUGAUGAGCGGACGCGAAACUCUUAUUUGAGGACAACGAAGACCAAUAAUUGAAGUAAAUGUAGAGUAACUAACCGAACAGCCGAAAUCUAUAUACGAGUAAUAUGAGUACAUACUCGUACACACACCAUAUGUUAAACUGUGAGGACAAGCGGUAACUUGUUAAGAUGUAACGGGAUCUAUAUGUAGCAAUUUGUAGCUAUUAACAUGAAAAAAUAAAAAUUAUGAUUCAUUUGAUUUGUCUUUGCAAAACGUUUAAGUCGUGUUAACCGGGAAAAUAUGCCACAAAAAAAGAAAAUACUUUCUAUUAAAGAAAAAAUGGAAAUUUUAAAUGUGUUGGAGAAAGAAAAUUUAUCUGUUCGUGCAAUCGGAAAAAGGUUAGUGCUUUAUAAUAGUACAAUUUUUUUUUACUUUUAUUUGUUUGCUUUUAAAGAUUCGAUAUUGGAAAAUCCCUGGCUGCCACUAUUGUGAAAAAAAGGAAGACAUUAAAAGGAUAUGGUUGAGUGGUGAUAACAUAAAUAAAAAGAAAAACUUCUUAAAUAGUGAUGGUUCAAAAAUGGACAAUUUGUGUUUUGAGUGGUUUGUCAAAGCCAGAAAUCAAAAUAUACCAGUGUCGGGCCCUAUUUAAAAGGAAAAAGCAAAACAAAUUGCCGGUCAAUUAGAACUUCAAACUUUUUCGGCAUCAAAUGGAUGGUUGGAAAAAUGGCGGAAACGACAUAAUGUGACUUUCAAAUGCAUAUGUGGGGAAUCUGCUGAGGUUAAUCCUGAGGAUGUUUGGAUUCGAAACUGGACUUUUUUUCCGGGCUUUGCCAAAUAAGACUCUUGCCUUGAAGAACGAAAAAUGCGUUGGCGGUAAGUUAUCGAAGGAAAGAUUAACAGUGCUAUUGUGUGCCAAUAUGGCUGGAGAUAAAGAAAUACCGUUGGUGAUCGGAAAAGCAGCAUGCCCACGCGCGUUUAAAAAAUGCGAUAUAAAAAAUCUGCCAGUUGAAUGGAAGUCAAAUCCCAAAGCUUGGAUGUCUCGUGAAAUUAUGUGUGAGUGGCUACUAACUUUUGAUAAAAAAAUGGGCUCUCAGAUGAGAAGAGUUUUACUAUUUUUGGACAAUGCCACAACUCACUCUCGAGAUAUUAAACUUAAUAACAUAAAGUUGAUCUUUUUACCUGCUAAUACAACAUCCAUUUGCCAGCCCCUCGAUCAGGGAAUUAUAGAGAAUUUCAAAUGUCACUACAGAUGCAAUAUUAUCAAACAUAUUUUAAGAAGAAUAGAUGGAAGUUCAAUGAACAAACUUUCAAAAACCUUUGACAUUUUGGAGGCUAUUUAGUUUAUUAAGACUGCAUGGGACAACGUAACGAUGGAAACAAUUAAAAACUGUUUUUCUAAAGCUGGUUUCCAGAAAAGUUUGAACGAAAUUUCUGACUUCGAUGCAGAGGACGAUAUUCCCAUAUCUACGUUAUCGGCUUUGAUAAAGCUUUUAAAUGAAAAUGGGCAAGGGCAGCAUUCCGAUGACUUUUUGUUAAUCGACGAAAUUGUUACUACAGAAGAUGAUAAUAUUGACAUUGUUAUUGACGAAACGGUUACUGAAGAAUGAUCUGACAGAGAAACUGAAGACCUCAAUGAAGUAUGCGCUCAGGAUGCGAGUCAAAUUAAAUCAUACACUGAAGCACUAAAACAACUUCGUCGCAUUAAAAAAUUCGUUAGUGACGACGUUACUGGAUUUCAGUACGCCAAAAACUUGGAAAGUCAUCUUGAAAACUGUUUUAUAAAACUUCGGUAAAGGAAUUUUUAAAAGUCCAAACAUAAAUAAAUAUGUUCAAUAUAUUAUAACUAUGAAACAUCUCGCAAUAAAAAUGAAAUAUAUAAAUUAAAUUACCAAGAAAUCUAAUUUAUUUAAAAAGUAGUAUGUGUAUAAAUUUUAGUAAAAUUUGUAUUCGCCCACUCCUACAAGCGGACCCCCCCCAUCAGCGGACAAAAAUUGUGGAACCGUCAGUGUCCGCUUGUGGGAGGUUUCACUGUAUAUAUGUAUUUUUUAUUUUUAUUUUAUUUUUUUUCGCCUCUGCACUUUGUUUUGUUUUAUUUCAUAAUAGUAACUAAUUGUCACCUCUAGUAUACAUAUUUAUGUAUUUAUUUUAUUUUGUAUUUCACAUAGUGCCUUUCUGUAAGGCUCGAAAGACCAUAGAUAAAUUGCUGCUAAAUUUGCAAACAGAAGUCCAAGCAACUUCAACGCUUCUUCAAUAAAAACACUCACUUUCAAAUGUACAAUCAUUUAAUAUAAUGUUUAUUAAAUUCUUAUAAAAAAUAUUAACAUAAAAUUUGUAUUAACUGAUACUAAUUAAUGUACGACGUAGGUAUGUAGAUGUACAGAGCGAGGUGGAUAAAAGUUGCACCCCGGUCCGCUGAGUUGACGAAGGAGGUAUUUACGAGGCGCUGCGUAGGAUCGAAUGUGGGUUUCGAAGUGUAGGAGACGAAUCGAUGUCCAAUGGACUGCUGCAAAUCGGCGCGGGCGGAACUCUUUCGAUAGGAACCCAAAGUAAUGCUGACGCGGCGCAGUAUCGAAUCGAAUUGUAUAAACGAAAGUUGCUAUGCCGAUAGUGUGAACGAUUGUGUCUGCUUUCUCAUUGUCCAGCCUUUUUGAUGAGUGAGUAUAUACGAGGGCUGUCCGAUAAAUAACCGACCUAACCAUGAUGCACGCGACUUUUUCAAAAAUUUUUUUUUUUAUUUUUCUACAUAGUCUCCUUGUAACUCCACACACUUCUCCCAGCGAUACUCCCAUCUCUGCAACACUUCCAAAUAGUACUUGGCGUCUUUGUCUGCAAAAUACGAGUUCACGAAAGAGAUUGCCUCCUCAUUUGACGAAAAUCUCUGGCCGCCGAGCGCAGUUUUAAGUUGAGGCAACAAAAAAAAGUCGCUUGUUGCUAGAUCCGGUGAAUAAGGUGGAUGGUCAAGCAGUUCGAACCGCAAUUCGUGGAUUUUCGCCAUGGCGACUGUUGAGGUGUGAGAUGGUGCGUUGUCUUGGUGGAACAACACUUUCUUUUUUUGCAAAUGUGGCCGAUUUUUCAAAAUUUCUUCCUUUAGCUUGUCCAAUAAUGAUGCGUAGUAUGCUCCUGUUAUAGUUUUUCCUUUUUCAAGAUAGUCUAUAAAAAUAAUUCCAUGGCUGUCCCAAAAAACACUCGCCAUCACUUUCCCAGCCGAAUACACAGCUUUAGGUUUUUUUGGGGCUGGUUCCCCCUUUUCAAUCCACUGUUUAGAUUGGUAUUUUGUUUCGGGCGUAUAAUGAUGAAUCCAAGUUUCGUCUACAGUUAUCAAUCGGCGCCAAAACUCAGUCUUAUUGCCUCUAAACUGAGCCAACAGAGCGCCGGAAAUGUUCAUGCGCGCACGUUUGUGGUCUAGCGUAAGCAAACGCGGCACCCAACGCGCGGACAGCUUUCUCAUGCCCUAAAUCUUGGUUUAAUAUGUGACAAACAGUUUCUUUUGACAUCUUCAUAAUCUCAGCUAUUUCCCUAACUUUGAUCCGGCGGUCGUCUAGUACCAAUUGAUGAACUUUAGCGAUGUUAUCGUUAGUGGUUACAGUUUUUGGACGUUCAUCAUCUUCCAAGCUCCUGCGACCACGUUUAAAUUCAGCUGCCCAAAAUUUUACGGUGGUAAACGAUGGUGCAGAGUCACCAUACAUAGAGUCCAACUCAUCUUUGAUUUGUGAAGGCGUAUUGCCUUUCAAAAAUAAAAAUUUAAUUACAGCUCGAUAUUCAAUUUUUUCCAUUUUGCGGAAAUCACCGAAAUAUACUCACAAAAACGACUGUCAACAGAUAAUUGCGCAAGAUAAAUUUCUGAAAUUUUGGCGAGUAGCUAUUAAAAUAUGCACAAUUUGAAAUAGAAACUUUUUUUUCAGAUGUGCCGCUAGCUUCACGUUGAGGUCGGUUAUUUAUCGGACAGCCCUCGUAGGUAUGGUGAGUUGUGUUGGUGUCAUCAGCUGUGGUGAAUUAAGCUGUCGCAUUAGGAUGCGCCAGUUUUACGUGUGGAGGGGGUGGAUGCUUAACUCAUUAAACGCUGACAAUAGCAUUACAUUAAUAUUAUUUUCAUCCACAAAUCUAGAAAGUUCCAAUUUAUUUUGGUUAACACCAUUAUCAUUCCAUAAACAAAUGUUCAAUACGCUCAUUUUUUACCUAAAAAGUUUGCAACAUUUCGUUCUGUGCUUUGAUUAUUACUUGAAUCAUAUUUUGCAUUGUAGACAUAAAUUGUGUCAUACAUUGCGUAAGGUUGAAAAUCAUAAUUUCAACACUAUUAUUUGGUUAGUUUUAGGGCAAUUGCAUUUGUACACGGCUUUCACCACGUUUGCAUAGCUCCUUUGUGUAGCAUUGUCUUUAAAAUUUAUUGGUUUUAAAAUAUGGACGGGGAUUUCAAUAUUUUCAUUUAACAUUUAGUUGCGACGUCCUGGAAUUCCUACAGACAGUUUCGAUUGUUUUGUUUAGUUUGCAGUGUGAUUUCCUCCACAGUUGCCACAUUUCUAAUUUAAAUCCUUUUUUUACGAGAGUUGGGUGUGGGAUGUAAAUCACCACACACCACGCAGACACUGCUACUGAUCAGCUGAUAUUCUGCGAUGGAGCAGAUAUUUUAGAUUGUAAAUCGAAUGUGUUUCGUUUUUCCUUAGUUAUAAUUUGGCAUCAAUUCUAUUUUAAACAUUGGUUGUGGGACUUUAUGUCUGUUAAAAAUGCUUAUUUAAUACUAAAACCAUAAUCUUCCAAUGCUUCUUUAACGUUUUUAGAUUCUACCGAAGACUCUAUCCCUUUUAUGACAACAAAUAGACCUUUAGAGCUCUUCAAUUGGCAAGAGUAGUAAUUCUUGUUAUUAUUUGAUAAGAAUUUUACAACAUCCAUGAAACUUUUUUCAGUGUACGUUUGAAUUUUUGUUUCAUCUACAUAUGUUACUUUUAUUCAAGCCCAACAAACACUGGAAUUGAAAUUCUCAAACGUUGGAGAAAAUAUUAAUUUUCAAUUUGAAAUUCAUCAUUUAUUCAAUUUGAAAGACAACAUUUUCUCAAACGUUUCUCAAAGGCUAUUUCUCAAAUUUGUUUCCAUCGUUUUACAAUUUGAUAAAAAUCAUUUUCUCAAAUAUGUGGCAUGCCGUUUCAUUCCGUUCAAUAAUCAAUCAAUCAUCUGUCAAAAAGUAUUCAUAAUUAAAAAAACGUUAUCGUGAUUUGCAGCAAUUUUGAAGAUUAAAAGUGAAAGGAGGUAUAAUAUUAUAAAUAUUUGUUAUAAUUGUGAUAUUUCGAAUGGUGUAUCAAAAAUUUCAUCCGUGGAAGUUAUUAAUUUGAAUGACUUUUUUAUUACACCAAUAAAAUCAUCAAACUUUACUAUAUGAGAUAUUGCUCUGCUUUACAAUUUUCAAGUUGCGUCUAUCAGCAUUUAGCGGAAGAAAUAUCACAAAAAAUGAUCUUGCUUAGUAAUUUUGAAUGUAGUCAAUAUGUAUUUAUUCCUCUUAUUCACAAUUAGAUGGAUUUCAAUAGCUCGUUUAUAUCGAUUGGAUGUGAGCAAACCACUAAAUCAAUCGUAGAUUUUGACGACUUAAGUAGCAAACUGGAUAGUCUGGAUAAGAAGGUAGAAGAUUUGUUAAAAGAACAUCAUACAACUCAAAAGCUUCUGAAGAGAGUAUUGGAAGAAGUUAAAUCGACCUCACAUAAUGCUACAAAAAAAAGAAAUAAAAUUUUGCCACAAAAACCUUUUGCAGAAGCGCAUGAUUUCGCUACUUUUGAAGACAAAAUUCAAUCUUCCGAAACAAAAUUUAACGAUUUGGUGGCUGAAUUGCAAAUGAUAAUAGCAUCAAAUUCGGACAAAUUUGUUAAAAUGGCUUGGCGAAAAGUUUUUACGGACGAUGUUGCCCAGAUAUACUCCUGGAAAGGAACAAAGACGAAAAAACCGGCAAGAGCACUUAGUGUGACGACAGCAUUAAGACAGGCAUACCAUCAAAAAUUCCCUACCGCUGCCACGGAUAUGGAAUUCGAGCGGACUACACUGAAUUUUUUCCAACACGCCAGCAACAGAUUAAAAAAAAGAAUUGAAUACGAAAACAAAAAGAAUAUGUCAUCGGUAAUCGUAGAUUAAUUAGUUAUUAUAUUAUUGUGCGACAAUUUUAAAUUUAAAUUUGUAAGUUGUAAUUGGAUUAUUCCUAAGUUUUGCACUGAAAUUAACUUUUUCGUUUGUUUCCUUAUCUUAAGAAUGUACUACAUUAUUUUCGUUAAUUUAAAUUAAAAAAUGAAUUUUUGUUACGUUACCAUGUUAUUUAUUGUUUAAUAAAAUUUAUGUAUAUAUGUAUAUGUACU